AUGCUUGUUUACCCAAACACGUCGAGCCCAUGGCCGCAGCGCCACCCGGCCUUGGCUUCCCCGCGACAGGCGGCGGUGGCGGCCGGGGCUGCGGCCGCUAGGGGCAAGCGGCGGGGGGCGGACGCCGGGGAGGGGGCGGACCCGGCCGCUGAGGCGGCGGAGCUGGUGCGGUUCUUCCUGCGGAAGACGUCCGGCGGCAAGGAGCGGCUGGUGGCCGUGCUGGACCGGCACGUCAAGGUGGUCCGCACCGAGCACUGCUUCCUCCUCUUCGAGGAGCUCGGCCGCCGCGACGGCUGGGUUCAGUGCCUAGAGAUUUUCAGAUGGAUGCAGAAACAGCGGUGGUACGUCGCCGACAACGGCAUCUAUUCGAAGCUGAUAUCUGUGAUGGGGAGGAAAGGGCAGAUACGGAUGGCAAUGUGGCUCUUCUCCCAGAUGAGGAACAGCGGGUGCAAGCCGGACACUUCCGUGUACAAUGCUCUCAUCGGUGCGCACCUUCACUCACGAGACAAGAGUAAGGCCUUGGUGAAGGCUCUCGGCUAUUUCGACAAGAUGAAGGGUAUUGAGAGGUGCCAGCCGAACAUCGUGACAUACAACAUUCUCUUAAGAGCUUGUGCCCGGGCUAGCGACACGAAGCAGGUGGACACCUUGUUCAAGGAUCUGGAUGAAAGCCCGGUCUCUCCUGAUAUAUACACGUAUAAUGGAGUGAUCGACGGGUAUGGGAAGAACGGCAUGAUCAAGGAGAUGGAGUCUGUAUUGGUGCGGAUGAAAAGCAAGCAGUGCCGUCCGGAUGUGAUCACAUUCAACAUACUCAUAGAUUCGUAUGGGCGGAAGCAGAUGUUUGACAAGAUGGAGCAGGUGUUCAAGAGUUUGCUGCGAUCCAAGGAGAAGCCUACCCACCCGACGUUUAACUCCAUGAUAACAAACUAUGGGAAGGCAAGACUUAGGGAGAAAGCUGAGUCUGUGCUUGAGAAGAUGGAGGAACUGGGAUUCAAACCAAAUUAUGUGACGCAAGAAUGUCUCAUCACUCUGUACGCGUAUUGUGAUUGUGUCUCAAGGGCCCAACAGAUAUUCGAUGAGCUUGUAAGCUCACAAAGUACUGUUCCACUGUCAUCACUGAACGCAAUGCUGGAUGCCUACUGCAUGAACCGCUUGCCUAUGGAAGCAGAUCGGCUGUUGGAUACUGCAAUAGAGAAAGGUGUCGUGCCCAAUGCUUCGACAUAUAAGUUGCUCUACAAGGCAUACACCAAGGCGAACGAUAAGAUGCUUGUCCAGAAGUUGCUCCAACGAAUGAACAAGCAGGGUAUUGUCCCGAAUAAAAAGUUCUUCCUUGAUGCUUUGGAAGCAUUUGGCAACUCCGCCAAUAAACCCAGGAGAGUACGUACCUCAGACGCUGCAACAGAGCCAAGUAGAGAUUCUGCGAGCAAUUCAGAAAUGGCUCGUUCAAGCAAGACAAAGUUAAGUUUUUCGGAAGCAGUUGAUGGCUUCACCAGGAUAUUACCCAAUUCAAACUCCGCAAACAAGGUAGCUGCAGGUUCUGAAAUCAAUUCAGAAACAGCUACUUCAGACGAGCCAGAGUUAAGCUUUUCGCAAGUAGCUUCUUGAUCGGGCGCUCUGUUCUGAACUGCUUGAUAGUAGAAUGUGUUCAAUUGAUUGUACCAAGUGAUACGUUUGGGGGUUGGUCCUAGAAAUGAGGUCACCCAUGUGAUCGAUAGCUUGAAUUUGAACCAUCCUAGAUGGCGGGGUUGAAAUUUUAGGAAUAUCUCUCAUGCGCAUUCACCAACAAGGUUGAACCACAUGGUACUGGAACCAUCGCAUUCCAUUCAACAUCAAGAUACCCUUCUGUUUUUAUUUUGGCAGGGGUUGCUUCCAAACUUUAUACUAUAGUUGUUAUGAUAUAAAUCACAGUAGCAGUUUUUUUC